AUGGACAUUCAGAAGCAAAAGAAAGCUAAGAAGAAAGUGGACACGAAAGCCAGCAAAGGGCGGAAACUCCAAUAUGACGUUCAUGAAAAGCUUCAAAACUUCAUGGCACCCAUCCAUGUCAAAGGAACCUGGCAUGAAGAGCAAAUUCAUGAACUGUUCACCUCGUUGCUCGGGAGAGAGUUUGAGGAGGCAAUCAAUACUCAAGCAAAUGAGGUCAUUGGACUCAUGGAGGAUCCUGGAGAGUUAUUAGUUGCUCUCGAAGGUUUCCGGGUUUCCAGAUAG